UUUUCCCGACGUCACACGAAUCCUGGAUAUAAGGAAAACGCCUACCUUCUCGGCUGCACUCAGUCGCCUCUCCGAACGAAGCCGAACACUCACUUCGUGUAUCUCCGCAAACCGCACCGAUCACUCCCGAGCGCGGCCCGAGUCUCACUCGCUUCGGGUUCUGGGGACGACCGAAAACAGCCGGACGCUUCUCCGCUUCGUUCGCAACAAGCGAAGUCGAUCCUUACUUGCAACAAGAACAGAUGUCUCGAAUGAUGGAUGCACUUGACACUUUGUCACAAGUAGCCACGGAGCUGAAGCUAUCUGAAGCAGCUACGUCGUCUCUGCUCUGUUUCGAUACCAGCUUUUUCAACAACCCAGCUCCGCUGCCUGCAAAUUUGAGGCCCGAAGACCUCAGUGUGCACACCACGGUGCCCAGCGCUACCGCCGCCGACGGCAUCUACACUCAGGGAGAGCCCGUGUCGGAAUUUAGCGACCACUCUUCGGAUUCGCUCGGCAACGGAUUCAACGCGGAGUUCACCAUCGCCCCCGUCGCCGACUUCUGCAAGCGCGAGGCGGGCGACGCCUCCUCCGCGGCCUACCCCGACUCCAGCAAGGCCGUCAGCGGGAACAGGAUCGUGUACCGCGGCAGCUUCACCACGGCCGGCGCCGGCAGCGGCGACACCGCCUGGCAGUGGCCGGCAGAACACACCGCUUCGCUGCUGACCCUGCUCAACACCAACAUCCAGAACGCCUUGAGCAUGACCCAGCAGAGCCAGGGAACAGAGCCACUGCCGCCGCCCGUCUGCACCAGCCCGCUCGGCGCCCCCUCCCAGGCCGAGUCCGUCUCCAGCUCGCACUCGCCCUGCCUCACGCCAGAGCCAGACUCCACCACCGCCUACACAACCUGCGAGAACACCUACCUGGCCGACACCAAGACCUACACCGGCGCUCCCAUGGACAUGAGCAGCGGGCCCUGCCUGCCCAUCUUCAGCCAGCCCGAGCCGCAGCGAGCAGGCCUCCCCAUCAGCGGGAACGUCAAGUACCAGUGGCCGGUCAUCCCUGACUUCCCGUUCCAGGCAGGGCAGACCCAGGUGGACAAGGCGACGCCUCCGCCGCAGUACGGCGCCGAGCACAUGGUCCUGCAGAGCGGGCCGCUCACAGACUUCGUCACCCUGACUCAGAAACUCAUCAGCCAGCCGUACAGAAUGAGCCCGAGCCCCAGCAAGGCGUUAACAACAUCGGACGGCUGCGCGGUGGUGAACAAGCCGCAGGCCCGCAAAUAUCCCAACAGAAACAGCAAGACGCCCCCGCACGAGCGGCCGUACGCCUGCCCCGUGGACACCUGCGACCGGCGGUUCUCCCGCUCCGACGAACUGACGCGACACAUCAGAAUCCACACCGGACAGAAACCGUUCCAGUGCCGGAUCUGCAUGCGCAACUUCAGUCGGUCCGACCACCUGACGACGCACGUCAGGACCCACACGGGCGAAAAACCCUUCCAGUGUGACACUUGCGGCCGGAAGUUCGCGCGCUCCGACGAGAGGAAGAGACACACCAAGAUUCACCUGCGACAGAAGGGAAAGAAGGACUGCAAGGCGCUGGCGUCUUCCCCCUCCGACAACUCCCCCUCCGCGGCCGUGUCAGCCCCUCCCCACUCCAGCUUGCUAACUCUGCCGGUCAGCACCGUCACGACUUCUGCCUAGACUCUUACUCACAACAACAACAACAACAAACCGAAAAAAACUUCGCUACUACAGACUGAAGAACUACUGAAAAAAAACUACUGCUCACGAUCAUCUCACCAUCCGCACUACAGUGUCUGAACUCUUGUCUCUCUGUGUUUCCGAAGGGCUAGUUCUCCUUUCAGUGUGACGUCGUCUUUUGGGUUCACGGUUCGUUCUUACGUUUCCAAAAUGUGGUGGUAAAAAAAACCGGUGGUACAGUUUUCUCUCUCCAGACUUGUCGGAUUGAUAACUCUAAGAUUGACACCUGUAUAAGCCACAGACCUGAAGACCCGUGUUGCCAAAGAAAGACAGUCGGUAAGAAACGCAACUAUGCCAAGUUUCUCUCGACAAAGCUUCUAUAGUAGCUCGCUCAUAUUCCGUUGUUUGGUUCUUUGAAUCUUGUAUGUAUUUUUCUGUUGUUGUUCUUGUGAGGCACCGUGUAUAUUAGACUAACGGUCCGGACUGGCGCCGGACUUUAUAACGCUGUAAAACACUAUUGUACUACGUAGUCGGUAUUAAGGUGUGUUGCAAGAUGAUAUGUCGUCGCCCUAGUCGCAGUACUAAGUACGUUAUUGCGUAUCUAGACUUAUGUAGCUUCAGGUAGUGUCGGAAAGACUGGCUUUAAAAUAAAACUCAAGACGAACUUAUACUUGUAUUGCUGUGCCAUGUAUGUACGUAUGACGCUAUCGAGAUAGAGGAGGCGGUGUUCUCUCUGUUUUGAUACACCGUGUAGUGUUCUAUAGUAGUACGAGUACGCCUGCCCUCCUCUGUAAAAUCUGUGUGCCCGUGCGGUAACGUUAGGUUUUCUACACAUUCGUGUCGAGUCGUUUUGAACGUAGAAAGACGCACCGGAGAUGUGCUUGGAGCAGGACUUGUAGCUCCUCCGUGGCGGCGGGUUACUACAACUGUACUUUCCGCAGAGAUAUGUGUUUGACUAUAUGAUAGUGUAGCGUGUCGACAGCUGCCAUAUUAUUUUACCCAUCUUUUCAUUCAUGCGCACCGAAUGUACUGAUGAGCAUGAUGAUGAUAUAGGCAUGUAUCUCAACUCAAGGGAAUUUAUUCUGAAUAAUAACUAUAUCGACAAAAGAAAAACAAUUAAAAAGAAGACAUGUUACGGAUAUUUUCUUGA